CGGCGAGCGAAGGGCGGGACCAAGGCCAAGAGCCCGGCAGUUACGCCACUCACACUUGCGGAAGAGUUGACGGGACAGCGGUGCAGGCCAAUCGCAACCAGUCCUCUGGAGGCAGGGAGACUGGGGUGGAGACUUCGGAGACUGCAGUUGCAGUUGUUCCGUGUAGGCUGUUGUUGACUCUCGUAUGAAAGCCCACGCGAUCCAAGUGCCCUGCAGGUUUUGGUCCAGGGAAAAGUUGGUCUCUGCAGAUGACUGUAAAUGACUACCUGGAGGUCGAUUAAAGUGCAGUACUGCGGGAUUCAGCCGAUUUCCUUCUUCCUCUGACUGCCCGGAAAUAUCAGCCAAAGGCCAGCGGUUUGUCGAAGAUAAGAUGGUUGUAGAUGUGUGCCCACAUGGUAUAUGAUUUCACAAAAGAUUGAAUAAAGAAGCAGUUCUAAGGACAUAUGGAAUUGGCUAUGGAUAAUUCAUAUGCUUUCAAUCAACGAAGCACCUGUAAUGGAAUUCCAUCUGAGAAGAAAAACAACUUCCUUGUAUCAGAAGAUCAUGGACAAAAAAUCUUAAGUGUACUACAGAAUUUUAGAGAACAAAAUGUCUUUUAUGAUUUCAAAAUAAUUAUGAAAGAUGAAAUAAUCCCAUGUCAUCGUUGUGUGUUAGCAGCAUGCAGUGACUUUUUCAGGGCUAUGUUUGAAGUAAACAUGAAAGAAAGAGAUGAUGGAAGUGUUACCAUUACUAAUUUGUCCUCCAAAGCAGUAAAAGCAUUUCUUGAUUAUGCCUAUACUGGAAAAACAAAAAUAACAGAUGAUAAUGUGGAAAUGUUCUUCCAGUUGUCAUCAUUUCUUCAAGUUUCCUUCCUAUCCAAAGCUUGCAGUGACUUUUUAAUAAAAAGUAUUAAUCUUGUCAAUUGUUUACAGUUAUUAUCUAUAUCAGAUAGCUAUGGCUCCACCAGUUUGUUUGAUCAUGCAUUACACUUUGUACAACAUCACUUUUCUCUAUUAUUUAAAUCCAGUGAUUUCUUAGAGAUGAAUUUUGGAGUACUACAAAAAUGUCUGGAAUCAGAUGAAUUAAAUGUUCCCGAAGAAGAAAUGGUACUGAAAGUUGUCCUUAGUUGGACUAAACAUAACUUAGAAUCAAGGCAAAAGUAUCUGCCUCAUUUGAUUGAAAAAGUAAGAUUGCAUCAGUUAUCUGAGGAGACACUUCAGGACUGUCUGUUCAACGAAGAGAGUUUACUCAAAAGCACAGACUGUUUUGACAUAAUCAUGGAUGCAAUUAAGUGUGUGCAAGGUUCUGGUGGACUCUUCCCUGAUGCUCGACCAUCCACAACUGAGAAAUAUAUAUUCAUUCACAAAACUGAGGAAAAUGGAGAAAAUCAGUAUACAUUUUGCUAUAAUAUUAAAACUGAUUCAUGGAAAAUACUGCCGCAAUCACACCUGAUUGAUUUGCCAGGAUCUAGUCUUUCAAGUUACGGAGAGAAAAUAUUCUUGACAGGUGGUUGCAAAGGGAAAUGUUGUAGAACGGUUCGACUGCAUAUUGCCGAGUCAUAUCAUGAUGCCACUGAUCAAACCUGGUGCUACUGUCCAGUCAAAAACGAUUUCUUCUUGGUAUCAACUAUGAAAACACCAAGAACCAUGCAUACAUCAGUUAUGGCUCUCGAUAGAUUAUUUGUCAUAGGUGGAAAAACUAGAGGAUCCCGGGACAUUAGAAGUCUUUUAGAUGUUGAAUCUUACAAUCCACUUUCCAAAGAAUGGAUAUCUGUUAGCCCAUUACCCAGAGGCAUAUACUAUCCAGAAGCAAGUGCAUGCCAAAAUGUAAUUUAUGUUCUUGGAUCAGAGGUAGAGAUUACAGAUGCUUUUAACCCAUCACUUGAUUGCUUUUUUAAAUAUAACGCUACAACUGAUCAGUGGUCUGAACUAGUAGCAGAGUUUGGACAAUUUUUUCAUGCAACAUUAAUUAAAGCUGUACCAGUAAACUGUACACUGUAUAUAUGUGACCUUUCCACCUAUAAGGUUUAUAGUUUUUGUCCAGACACUUGUGUUUGGAAAGGCGAAGGAUCUUUUGAGUGUGCAGGCUUUAAUGCAGGUGCAAUUGGAAUUGAAGAUAAAAUUUAUAUAUUAGGUGGUGAUUAUGCACCAGAUGAAAUCACAGAUGAAGUGCAGGUCUACCACAGCAACAGGUCUGAGUGGGAAGAAGUUUCACCAAUGCCUAGAGCCUUAACAGAAUUUUACUGCCAGGUGAUUCAGUUUAAUAAAUACAGAGACCCAUGGUUUUCUAAUCUAUGUGCUUGAACAUUCUAAAACGAGUCCAGUUCUAGUAACGUAAACUUGUUAACCAAAAUGAUAGGUAAAAAGGUCUAUACAUCUUAAUGGAAUAAAACGUUCCUGCUUUUAGUUAUUAUGUAUGUACACCAUAUAUAAAUAAACAGUUUCCCAAAACUUAAAAUACAAAAUAUAUUUUACCAAAAAUUAUAUUGAAUGUAAUUUAACCUUGGGGAAUCCAGAAUACUUAGUAUUUUCUCACGAAACUACAAAUCAUAGACUCUGACACUUUAAUUUUUAAAGUAUUCUGUCCAUAAAAGAUUUGUAGUAUUUAGAUGGGAGAAAUCUCUUGAGAGAGUAAAAAUAAAUUACACUGCAUCUUAUAUGAAGUAAAAAAUAAAUUAGAGGUGAGAAUCUUGUUACUGCGGGUAUGAGUUGUUUAAUUCCUAUCAUUUGUGAUGAUUGGUUAACUUCUUUUAGGUACGCUUUUUAUCCUUUUUUAGUUCAGAAAUAAUUUUCCCAGCUUUCUAAACAGUACACUAAACAUAGUUUAACUUUUUUUAAUGACUCAUUUUUUUCAUUAAGAGCAUAAUGUACCAUGUUAUAAUGCCAUUAGCAGUUACUUAAAUGCUUUAAAAAUUGCUGAUUCUAUUAGUUUUCAGUGUCAGUUGGUUUCAAUUUCUAGCUCGCUCUCUCUUUCUCUCUCGUUUUCUGGUUCAAACUUAGUAAAUUACCAUUCUGGAUUUAAUUAGUAGUUCUAGGUUACACCUGGCCUGAGUUUAUGUUAGCAUGUAACCCUCAAUGGGAAAUUUUUGGAUUCUGGGAUGUUAGUACUAAAAUACUUUUUAUGUAUCACUGCUAGAUUCCAGCCUAAUUGAGGACAUAGAAAAUUGACCUCUAAUUAAGUGGAUCGUUAUUAUUGCAUUUCUUAAGCUUUGUCUAAAUUUGAGCUACAUAAAACAUUUCAGGAUUUAAAUUAGUACCAUAUCAAUUUUCUGUGAUGAUGUAUACCAACUAUAAAGCACCUUGUUGGUUUACUACUUCAGUAAAUUAUUCUCAGUGAAUUACUUUCUAAAUUAAAAAAAAAAAAGACUUGGCUAUUGGUAUUGAUAAUAGUAUUCACAACCUGCGUCUGUUAAGAUGUUUGAUCUUUAACACAAGCAAUGUAAGAGUACUGUUGUCAUUGUUCUCAGGGAGGUGAUUCUGCCUUCCAAGAAUAUAUGUUUCUUUAAUCAGUUUAAAAGAUAAAAGGCAUUUUGGGUUUUAAGACCCCUGCUUUACAUCUCAGGUAAUGUGUAGAUUGUAUUUCUCUGGAACCAAAUGUAGUUUUCUACACUCAGUUGUAAAUGUUAAUCUUUCUCAAAUGUGCACAUUCUUUAAAAGUGUGUUCCUAAGUAGAAAUAUACUUAAAUGAAGAUUCUCUUAUUUUAUCAUAUAAAUUUAUGCAACCAUAAGUUUCAAAUGUAUUUUUCAAAAUGGAAUGGAAUAUUAGAGUACAUUUUCAUGAAGUUUAAAAAUCAAGGAAUGUUCCUGAUUAGAUGAUAUAUUUGUAAGGAGUAUUCUGUAAAAUUGGUGGCCUUCCUAUCUAAGCACAUGAGUAGUUGGCUCUGCACUUUGUGUUUUUAAAAAAAUGGAAAAUUCAUUGGAGGCUUUUGUUUGUGUGUGUGUGGCUUUGAAAACAAAUUAUUUGAGAAAGACCAUAACACAGUGAAUAACCUAUGUGUGGAUUUACUGAACUGUUAAUUUAAGCAUAUAUAUUAAUAGGGUAUGUUUAAAAUAAAUAUUGUUUUCAUCACUGACUUUAGGAAUUGUUCAUCUAUUUCAGAAAGGAGAAACCGAAAAUCAAAUCCCUUUUUGAUAUUGCUUCAUUGUUCUAUCAUCUUCUUGAUUUCCACUACUGUUCUGAUUGGCCUUUGCUUUAUGCUAGUGUUUCCAGAAACAUUCUUGUUAUCAAAGCCUAGGUGGCUCCCUCUGCAUUUGAUUUAAUACAUUUUCUAAUGCAGAAGGUUUUCUGCCCUAGUUGUUUUUUUUUAAGUAAUUACUGUGGGUUACUUUUUAAUCAUUUUCACUGAUUGCCAUCCCUUUACAUCUGUACCUUUGUUCUCUCCACCAAUUAUCACUGCAAGGAAGAUACUCUGUCUAAUCAAAAAACCUCCAACUCUUUGCGUACUGUUUUUUUUUCUGGUCACCAUAGCAAUCUGUGCUAGACUCCACUCCACUAACUCCUCUCCUUUCAUAUUUUGCCUCUCCUUAUAAAGAUAGCACUUUCAUUUGAUCUGUCUGCCUUAUUGGAGAAUGGUUUUGUGUCUUCAAAGUCCUCAAGGAACUCAACCACACAGGAGCAAUGACUACACUCUGGUUAUAUCCUCUGGUCUUGUUAAUGACUGUGGCUUCACUGUCUAAGAACCAUAUGUGUUAUUCUGACUUCACCUUCCUUUCUGGAUUUCUGACCUGCAAAUCUCAGUGAUCCAUCCAGUCUAUUCUCAGUACCUCCAGAAAGAGCUGUUUUUUCUGUCUGUGAGGUUAGGUAAGAGAAAAUAACAUCUUUUAAUGGGCUCUUCCCUUAGUCUUUUUAAAAGUCUGUUUUCCUUUCAUUAUAUUCUUCAGCCAGUGCUACAGUGCAAGAGGCAAAAUAAUUAUGCUCAUUAUCCGGAUUGCUAUCAUUCCUGUGGAAAAAUUCUAUUUAACGUUUCUAAAUCCAUUACCAUUUGUCUUGCUCCACUACAUUUGCAUUAUGCAUGCCAAAAAUAUUUUAAUAUUGUAAUGUCUUCUAAAAUUGAAAGUAGGUAUAUGGCAUUAUUAAAUACAAAAAAGAGUAUAUUUAACACAUGAGAUCCAUUCAAAGUUAAUGGACAUUCCUAAAAUGUGGAGCACCUUUUGUUCAUCUACACCCUUUGAAACUAAGUAGUAUGAGGAAUAUUUGCAUAAUCAAAGCUAACUAUUUUCCCAUAAUCAGCUCUGGUCUGGGGAGUGAAGGAGGUCGUUAUCACAGCAAUAUUCAUUACGUGCUACCCUUGAAAGCUAGAUUAGUAUUCAAGAGCGACCACAUGCUGCAAUAUGAUUCCAUAUUUCUCAGAUACCAAGAAGAGCAAUUGAAUAUAUGUUCAGUGUGCUUAUUAGCUCAAGGUAUACCAUUUGAAAAUCAGAAUUAAGCGCAGAGGGAUACAUCUGUUUACAUUUUGAGAUUUGAAUGCAAUAAAUAUCAUAAUGUAAUGAUUAGUUGAAUAUAUAAUGUAACUUUAAGAUCAUCAUGCUCAGUUUAAUUGGAUCUAGUGUUGUGGAAACUCUUAUUUAGAAUUGAAAGUAUAAAUCUCAAAAAUGUUUUCUGAGGGGGCAGCUCUGAAUGGCAACCUAAACACAAAGGCUGAAAAUUAUAGGAAGCGUAUUUCUGUCCAGUGUAAGAAACAACUUUAUAAAGUCAUACUUUAGAAUGAAACCAGUUACCCAAAACUGUGGCAUAUGGAAGAUCAUUAGCUUAAUAAUUUCCUAUAUGAAAGAGCGUGACCAAAGAUUUCUACAUUCUAUUUAUACAUCUCAAUCGCCAUCAUUUCUGAUAUAUGUUUUCUCCUCCAACUUAUUUAGCAUUUUAGGCAUUGUGAAUAACUUGAUUCAGUGGUUCUUGAUACUCACGAUUUUUCAAUAGAAACUGAGUCUUAAAACUACACCAC